AUGGACAUCGACGACAUCUUGCAGGAGGUCGACCCCGCCUGGCAGACGGCGCCCUCGGGGACGCGCGACCUCCAGGCUCUGACGCGUCGCUGGGUUGCCGAGCGGUCGGCGCCCGAGCUGCUCGGCUGGCCCUCGGACCACCUCUUUGAGCGCGUCAACCAGCGCAUCAAGCAGCAGAUUGAAAAGGUCGAGGACAUGACGGGCGACAUGGACCCAAAGACAAACUUUGCCCUCAUUGUCAUCCAGACGGAGCUCGAGCGCUACAAGUUCCUCGUCCGCAGCUACCUCCGCGUCCGCAUCGCAAAGAUCGACAAGCACGCCCUCCACUACCUCUCCAACCAGGACCUGCGCGACAGGCUCUCGCCCACCGAACUCGCCUACGCCACCCGCCACCAGGCCCUGCUGCACAACCACUACCUCUCCUCCUUCCUCGCCUCCUUCCCCCAGCAGCUGCAGAACCUCAACGACACGGCCGGCAACGUCAGCAUGGUCGACGCCCCGGACCCGGACACGCCCGUCUUUAUCCGCCUCUUGCACGACUGUCGCAUCCACGGCAAGGGGACCGACGCCGACAAUACCCUCCUCGCCGAGACGGGCGACGUGCUCAUCCUGCGCUGGUCCAGCGCCAAGCCCCUCGUCGACGACGCCGAUGCCGAGCUCGUCUGA